GGUCAUACAUGGUUCUUUCGGUCCUUGUAUCCUGACAGAAGUCGGUCCCACGAGUCUUCCUCCUCGUAUACUAUUGGUCUUACCUCAUGGGACUCGCUUGUGCUGAAUGGUGACACAGAUCCCAGCGAGACAGAUAUCCACUGGCGCUAAAAAUUCAUUAUAAAGACUGAGGAUCUUGCACUUGUAUGUUCCUCAUCUCGACAUUCACAAUAUGAAUCCGACGACCCCUAUUAUGUUUCCCACUGUCACCCACACGACCACUCUUGACUGCGAGCCCUCACAAUUCAUUUUACCUGACCUCAUCAAUGAUUGCCAUUAUGCCUUGCGAAAGAACCCUCACUGUUAUGCAGUGUCCCGCGCAUCUGAUCAAUGGCUUAUUGACGUAGCGCGACUUACAGGGCACGAGCUCCGAGAGUAUAUCGAAAUGGACUCAGGCACAUUCGUUGCCUUUCUCUAUCCUGAUGCAGAUGCUUUCCAUCUCCGAGUCUGCUGUGACUUCAUAAACUGGAUAUUCGUUAUAGACGACUGGAUGGAGAACGGUGUCGUCGAUGCACGGGAAGCGCGUGAAUGCUAUAUUUCUGCAUUGCGCGAUCCCAUCAAUUUUAACACGGAGCAGCUUGGUGCAAAUAUGUGCAAGUCGUUUUUCAGCCGCUUUAGGGAGACUGCUGGCCCCGGCUGCACAGAGCGGUUUAUCCACGGAAGCGAAACGUUCUUCGCUGCUGCGGCUAAGCAGGUGGACGACCGUGCCAAAGGAAAUAUGUAUGAUCUAAAAUCUUACAUCGCCCUGAGGCGAGAUGUAGUCGGGAUGCAGUCCUGCCUUGCACUCAUCGAAUUCGUAGCUGGAAUUGAUCUUCCCGAUGAAGUUAUGUCGCAUCCAGUUGUUAAGUCCUUGGAGUGCGCGACCACCGAUCAUGUUGCUUGGAAUGACGAUAUUUUGUCAUACAACAAGGAGCAAUCUCGCGGAGACGAACACUGGGAAAACAUGGUUGCUGUGCUCAUGCACGAUCGAGGACUAGACCUGCAAGGCGCCAUGGACUACACUGGCCAGAUGUGCAAAGAUGCCAUCCGGCGCUUCGAAUCUAACCACGCUAUCCUCCCUUCGUGGGGAGAAGAAGUUGACAGGCAGAUGGCUAUCUACGUCAAAGGGAUGCAGAACUGGAUGAUCGGCUCACUUCACUGGCACUUUGAGUCCGCCCGCUAUUUUGGCAAGGAUGGACAUGCUGUCAAGCACGACCGAAUCGUCAAGCUGCUUCCCAAGAGGCUCUUAUAGAGCCUGACACUUAGCGCAUGGCUUCCGGAGAACAUUAGUACAUGAUUCACGUCUCACGCAGACCUGAAAGUUUUUCUUCGGUUGCAUAAUACAUGACAUCCCGCCUUCCUUGCUUUGUCCUUCGUGGUUUCAAGUUCUCAGUCAGUCAGCUCCUUGCGUGUAACACUUCCC